AUGCAGGCAGUCCUCCGAGAAUCCGCCUUCGGGCAGCUCGUCCGUCUCGUUACAAAAAACAAAUACUUUCAAUAUCCUGAGGAGAAGGCCGAUUUCAAGCUACCUGAUCAAUGGAUCAAGGUCAUGGACGGAUUGGACGCUGCAGCCAGCUCCGAACACGCUCAAACCGACGCUCAAACACCAACACGACAGCCCGACAGUGAUGAAAGUCUCAGUCAAGUCACCACCAAUUACAGUCUAUCCUUUACCGAAGCCCGCCUCGAAGCGGACCAGCAACAUGAGAUCGAAAAAGUCAAGUCGAUUCCCAUUGCCCCGAAAAAGACCAAAGAUGGCGCUAUCCUGGUCGACUGGUACUAUACCGAUGAUGCCGAGAAUCCACACAACUGGUCCAAUCUCAAGCGCGCUCUGGUAGCAACAAUCAUCUGUCUCUAUACUUUCGUCGUAUACACCACUUCGGCCAUCUACACGUCGUCGGUGGGAGGCAUCAUUGCGCAAUUCGGCGUCAGCGAGCUACUUGCUACAUUGGGUCUCUCGCUGUAUGUGCUUGGAUAUGGGAUCGGACCGCUGCUCUUCUCACCGAUGAGUGAGAUUCCCAUUAUUGGGCGCAAUCCCGUCUAUAUCGUGACCAUGUUCCUCUUCGUCAUCAUAUCCAUCCCCACAGCUUUCGCGGGCAACUUCCCCGGCUUGAUGGUGCUUCGCUUUCUGCAGGGGUUCUUCGGUUCUCCCUGUCUUGCUUCGGGCGGUGCUUCGAUCGGCGACAUGUAUAGCCUUAUGUCUCUGCCCUACGCCAUGAUGGCCUGGGUUGCUGCCGCGUACUGCGGACCUGCCCUCGGGCCACUCCUCAGCGGCUUCGCCGUCCCAGCCAAGUCCUGGCGCUGGUCUCUCUUCGAAUCUAUCUGGGCCUCGGCACCUGUGUUCCUCCUCAUGUUCUUCUUCCUCCCCGAGACCAGCACCUCAACCAUCCUGCUCCGGCGCGCAAGCCGUCUCCGCCGCAUCUUUAAGGACGAUCGCUUCAUGUCCCAGUCGGAGAUCGACCAGCGCAACAUGCGCAUUUCUGAUGUAACCGUGGAUGCGCUGAUCAAGCCCCUAGAAAUCACGAUCAAGGAUCCCGCCGUGCUUUUCGUGCAGAUCUAUACCGCUAUCAUCUACGGCAUCUACUACUCCUUCUUCGAGGUCUUCCCGCUGGUCUACCCGGUCGAUUACAACAUGAACCUUGGUCAAAUCGGUCUAGUCUUCCUGUGUAUUUUGGUAUCCUGUAUUCUCGGGAUUGCCAUCUACUUCUCCUACUUGUACUUCUGGAUGAAUCCGCGCAUCGCCCGCUUUGGAUUCCCGGAACAAGAGACGCGCCUGGUCCCAGCGCUGCCCGCCUCGUUCGGACCCACGAUUGGUCUCUUCCUCUUCGCCUGGACAGCUCGCGCCUCGAUCCACUGGAUCGCGCCUACGAUCGGAAUCACCAUCUACGGCGCGACCGUAUUCGUCGUCAUGCAGUGCAUUUUUGUUUAUAUCCCACUCAGCUACCCCAACUACGCUGCCAGUCUGUUUGCCGCGAAUGAUUUCUUCCGAAGUGCGCUGGCUUGUGGCAGUGUGCUCUUUGCACACCCAUUGUUCGGCAACUUGGGCGUUGCUCGCGGUGUCAGCCUCCUUGGUGGACUGAGCGUUAUUGGCAUCAUUGGUAUCUGGUUGCUUUACUUCUAUGGUGCGAGACUGCGUGCCUUGAGCAAGUUUGCGCUCUCGCCCGGUGCUUCGUUUGAAUAA